GAGUUCAUGAGCCUCUGCUGCGUCAUGCAUCUGUCCGGCACGGUGGUCCGGACUCUGCUCGACUACGUCAACCACGUUCAGAUCUGCUCCAAACUCAGACUGCUCCUGAAGAAACAGAGAGAGUGGCCCGACAUCUGCGACAUCCUCAACAGCCCUCGCUCCCUGCGGCACCUCUGCAGACUGGAGAUCCGGAGGCGUCUGACCCUGAAGAGACUCAACAAACCUGAAGUCAUGGACUCGCACAUUUUCCCCCCCAGACUGAAACACUUCAUACUGUACCAGGAGCUCGACCUCUACAGCCAGGACCUCGAACGCAUCAUAUGAACACAUUAUGGAUUUCCUCUGCUAGAUUCCUGCAUAUUUUAAAAGGACGUUUCUGUUUUUUAAGCUUUGUUAUCUCUGUUUUUUAUAAGCACCAUUUUUUAACCAACUUUAUUUUUUUGCUCCAUCAAGGAAGUGAGUUAAAAAAUACUGGUUUGAUUUUCAUGUACAUUUAUAGAAGGGUGUAGCAUGGGAGAAAGAAGAACCCAUAACAUUUUGGAGUGGAUUCAAAUCACAUGAUUUUUGAGGUGAAAAGCUGGAGAGGCUAUAAAGGAACUACAGGACGGUCACAUGACUUCACGUCACCACCGCUAAGCUAAAGGUGGCUAAUGUUGG